CCUCGGCGGGAGCAGUGGAAACCGCUAGGCUGGGCCAGGCUCCCUUCCCGGCUGGAGGAGGCCGGGUCAGAGUCGGGAGGCCCUCGCCAGGAGCCGGACGACGCAGGAGCGUGAGGGGCGAGGCGGGACACCAUGCAGAGGAAAGGCCAUAUGAGGACAUAGCAAGAAGGUGGCCACUUGCAACCCAGGAAAAGAGGUCUCACCAGAAACAAGCCCUGCUGGCACCUUGAGCUUGGACUUCCAGCCUCCAGAACGGAUCCAAAUGAAGAUACAGAAUGGAAUGAAAUUUUAAGAAAUUUUGGCAUUCUUCCUCCAAAAGAAGAGCCAAAAGAUGAAAUUGAAGAAAUGGUUUUACGUUUACAGAAAGAAGCAAUGGUUAAACCAUAUGAAAAGAUGACUCUUGCACAGUUGAAGGAAGCUGAAGAUGAAUUUGAUGAUGAAGAUAUGAAAGCUAUUGAAAUAUAUAGAGAAAAACGGUUACAGGAAUGGAAAGCUCUUAAGAAAAAACAAAAAUUUGGGGAAUUAAGAGAAAUUUCUGGAAAUCAGUAUGUGAAUGAAGUCACAAAUGCAGAAAAAGAUGUAUGGGUUAUAAUUCAUCUAUACAGAUCAAGCAUCCCAAUGUGUUUGUUGGUUAACCAGCAUCUUAGUCUCCUAGCAAGAAAGUUUCCAGAAACUAAAUUUGUUAAAGCCAUCGUGAAUAGCUGUAUUCAACACUACCAUGACAAUUGUUUACCAACAAUUUUUGCUUAUAAAAAUGGUCAGAUAGAAAGCAAAUUCAUUGGAAUUAUAGAAUGUGGAGGGAUAAAUCUCAAGCUAGAAGAACUUGAAUGGAAGCUAGCAGAAGUUGGAGCAAUACAGACUGAUUUGGAAGAAAACCCCAAAAAAGACAUUGUAGAUGUGAUGGUAUCUUCAAUAAGAAACGCUUCUAUUUAUGAUGACACUAACAGUUCAAACAGUGAUAAUGAUGAUACCAAAUAGAAAGAACUAUGUAAUAAAUAGCUUGAAAGUGUUUA